AUGCGCAUGCUUGCGGUUUGCUGGCUCAGCACCUGCCUGCUGUCGACUGACGGGGCGGAGAGCCCUCGAAAGGAGGGAGCUCUUGGGCCGGGGUCCGAAGCACUGGAACGCGAGGAAGCCGAAAGGUUGUUGCAGAAGUACAAGCUGACCUUCAGCGAGGAUGGCGAUGCGCUGCGACGGCGGGGCCAAGAUCUGGCCUGCUCGGCGUGCCAGCUGGCUGCAAAGCGAUUCCAGAGCAAAGUUGCAAGCAGAAUAAAAGGGAAAAUGCCUGAUGCGGAGAAGAGGACCGUCUUCCAACGCGGGCUAAGCACGGCCUGUGAAGAAGCACAGUUCCCUCAGCAGCUGGCGGUGGUAGAGAAGGAAGGCAAGCAGUUCUACGUGGACUUUCAAGAAGCCCUGGGAAGUGCGCACGGAAGGGUCAACGUGAAAGCGAUGAGUCCCGAGAUCAAGGCUGAUGUCAUAAAUGGAUGCAGACAUCUACUCCAAAAGGAAUGGAAAGACAGCCUCUUGCAGAAGGUGCUUUCGACGCCGAAGGGCGGUCGAGCCUCGGAUGUCGAUUUCGGGAAGCUGAUCUGCGGACCGAAGAUGUCCGCCGUUUGUGAGGAGAUGGAGGAGGAGAGCGACGGGGAGCAGGAAGAGGAUGAGCCGCAAAUCCUGCUGGUCUCUGCUGUCGGAGCCGCAGUGCAGCUUCUGGUGCAACUGGUUGCAUUUCCUUUGGCCUUCCCUGGGCAUUUGCAUCCAGACGUUCUCCGGGAAGGGCUAGAUGAGUUGAUGGGGCGGAAGCUAUCGUCCGUGCCGUGGAUUGCCUUCACCUACUGGGUGUGCAACAUCAUUUUCAGUGUCUCGGCCCUGCGACUGGUCAGAAGGGCUUCGGCCUCGACGGUGGUGUUAGCGAAUGUUGCAGCGCUUCCGCUCAGCGCCCUGGUUUUCUGUUGCCCGCUUCCUUUGCUGAAGCCACAGCAAUUUCGCUGGACCUUUGCCAUGAGCCUUUUGUUGGUCGCCGGCGGCAAUCUGUUGUACGGACCGGAUCCCAGCGGGGUCGUUCUUUUGAAUGCGCCGUAUGCAGCCGUGCAGUAUCGCGCAGCGGCUCCUGACGAGAGCAGAGGAGAGCAGCGUGUCGCCAUGGCGGAGCUUUCCUUCCUUAGGAUACUCAAGUUCAUGUUGGGACCACCAGGCGUCCCAAUUAUCCUGGUGCUGAUGUUUGACGCCAUCCUGGCGAUGAUUGUGUUGACAGUUGUCCUGCUGAUAUUGCCAAAGCGCGUGCUUUCCAAGUCGAAACUGGUUCGGACAGCUCGCAACAAGUUGCUUCGGUUUCUCUCCAGGAUGGUGGAGUUGUCGAUGCAGGGACCGGUUGCUCUUCUAGUUGUUUGGCUCGGACGCAAAGUCUUCCGAGGCAGACUGGCUUCUGUGCCGAAGCCGCCUCAUGGGGUUAGCCCGAAAGCUGAAGGCACCUAUGAUGUGUCUUUACAGUUCUCACCCACGAAAGGAUGGAACCCGUUCCACCAGGAAACAUACGUGGUGGCCUUCCGGAAGGAAGGCGUAAACUGGUUGGAGCGGCCGUUCAAUCCGGGCGAGAAUCUCGAAGACAUGAGUGGGGAUGCCAAAAAAGGGAACAGAUUCAAGGCUACUGUGGACGGCCUGCCCAUUGCGACUCGGAUAACUUUUCGAGUUUGUGCUCUUUCGUACUGGGGACGCGGGCCAUGGAGCAGAGAGGUAUCCGUUAGCACGAUGGCCAAGCCAUCCAAAGACUUCGGGUGCACAGGCCCUCUCGGCCCAGCAAGAGAAAAAACAGGCAGCGACAAGAAACAGUACGUGUGGCUUCAGACGAGGAACGAGGUGCACAUCAGAAUACCUGUUGGCACAGAUGUUCGUGGCAAAGACGUAAAGUUUAAGGCUUUGCCACUUCGUCUUCAAGUUGACCUCGCCGUCGCUGGCGAGACCUUUGAGCUGCUACACGGUCAGCUGGCACACCGCAUCAAUUCAGAUGAUGCAACGUGGUACAUAGACGAGUCCAAGGAGGAGGGAAGGUAUAUCCAGAUAACCAUCUUCAAGUUGGAAGCACUGGACAGAUGGAGCCGGGUCUUUGAGGGUGACGAGCACCCGGAGAUCGACGUGCGGCACGUGCAGUGGUUUGUGGAUCCUUUGAACCCAGGCACGCUUGGUGAUCUAGACGAAUGGACGUCUGGCAAGACACCCGGGAGGCUGAUUCUUCGGGGCCGUGCCACUGAUGGAGUGAUUCAAAUGGUUCGUGGAAGUACAUGGACCCUCAUAGACUUGCUCCGAGUGACAAUCAAAAACAGUGCAGUCCAAACUCCAUGCUGUCCGUUCUGUGGUGCUGCAUCGACCGCCCUCCCUUGCAAACGCAUGCUAUGA